AUGACUGUGCGCAUCAUGAGGAUGGCGUUAGCUGGGAGAAAAAUUGGUUUUUUCCAGCCGGAUAUAACGCAAAAACUGACGGAGCGCAUAGAUUAUUUGAAACACAGAAUCGCUGCUUGGGAAAACCGGAUUUGGCGAUAUACCGAGAGGUCGACUCGGUUCAACCAAAAUCGUCCCUUCCAUCGUGAUCAGAAGAGGCUCUAUACAUCAUCGGAGCGACCAAUGGUAACUGCAACGGGCCCAGCACCGAAUUGGGCCGACACUGUAGUAUUCUGGCGCGACCUAUGGUCAGAGUCCGUAAACCACAACGAGAGCCCUUGGACGGAAUUUGUGGCGAGUUAG